AUGUCUUCUUCUAGCAAAUCUCAAGACCUCGGGUCUCUUCUCUCUGACUCUGCCCUUUUCCGUACACAAGGAUAUAUCAAUGGACAAUGGGUAUCUGCAUCAGAUGGUGUUACUUUCCCCUUGACAAAUCCAGCCACAGGCGCUCUGAUUGCAGAUAUGCCUCACAUGCCUAGAUCCCAAGUCGCAGAAGCUAUUGAUGCAGCAAAAACCGCUUUACCAGCUUGGGCAGCUCUUACAGCUUACCAAAGAUCGGCUUAUCUGCUCAAACUACAUUCACUGAUGGAACAACACGCUCAAGAUCUCGGUACAAUCCUCUGCGUAGAGAACGGAAAACCUCUCGCAGAAGCUAAAGGAGAAAUCGCAUAUGGAGCUUCUUUCAUGCAAUGGAACGCUGCUGAAGGUCUUAGAACAUACGGUCAAACCAUCCCCAGUCCGUUCCCCGGUACAAGGAACAUGGUUAUCAAACAACCUAUCGGUGUUUGCGGUCUAAUCACACCUUGGAACUUUCCAAAUGCCAUGAUCACCAGAAAGAUGGCUCCUGCCCUUGCAGCCGGAUGUACUGUAGUCAUUAAAGCACCAGCAGAAACUCCCCUUUCGGCACUUGCAAUGGCAGUUCUUUGCGAACGAAUUGGGGUUCCCGCAGGUGUGGUCAAUGUGGUCGUCAUGGAUAAGGGAGACAGGGAAGCUGCAGCUGGUUUAGAGUUGUGCGAAAACAUAAAAGUCUCCAAAAUUUCUUUUACAGGGUCAACACCUGUUGGUAGAUUACUCAUGAAACAAGGUAGCUCUACACUCAAGAAGUUGUCCUUUGAAUUAGGUGGAAAUGCCGCAUUCAUCAUUUUCGAUGACGCCGAUCUCGAGCUCGCUGUAACCGGUGUGAUAGCAUCCAAAUUCCGAGCUGCUGGUCAGACCUGUGUUUGUGCUAAUCGAAUAUUUGUCCACUCCAAGAUUUACGAUCAAUUUGCCAAGCUGCUUGCUGAGAAAGUAGGAGCUUUCAAAGUCGGAGAUGGUAUGACUGAAGGCGUAACCAUCGGACCAUUGGUGAAUUCCCGAGGGGUAGAGAAAGUGGAAAGACACGUGAAGGAUGCCGUAUCCAAGGGAGCCAAGGUUCUUGUUGGAGGAGAAAAGAUCGAUAACGGUGAUGGAUCAUGUUUCUUCCAACCAACAGUUUUAGUCGACGUUCCUAGAGAAUGUGCUGUAGCUGAGGAGGAAACUUUUGGACCUCUCGCCCCUCUAUUCAAGUUUGAUGACGAAGAAGACGUUAUCACAAGAGCGAACAGUAGUGAAGUCGGUUUAGCAGGUUAUCUAUUCACCAGAGAUUUGGCUAGAAGUAAUCGAGUGGCUGAAAAGUUGGAAGUCGGUAUGGUGGGAGUCAACACUGGUGUAAUUGCUCAAGCUUGUAUUCCAUUUGGAGGCGUCAAACAAAGUGGUUUCGGAAGAGAAGGUGGACCAAGUGGUAUCAAUGAGUUCCAGGUUGACAAGCUCAUAACGAUCGGUGGUAUGUAA